AUGAAGCGAAGCGCGGUGAAACUGAAACGAAAGGAGAGUGAUGAGUGGUUGUGCUCAUCAACAUAUCAACCGAAUCGACAAGAAAUUAUACAGAAAUCUGUGGAAACUCCGAAACCCAAGAAAAAGUUGAAUAUUGUCGUUCCAAAACCGAAAAAAUCGAUAAAAUUCGAGAAUUUCGAGAAAAAUCGAUUCUCGGCGAGCAGGUCGACUCCGAAUUUAAAUUUCACAAUUGACGACGACCAAGAUGACGUGGAUAUUCUGAAUUUUGUGUCGACGUCAGAAGCGGUGAGAACACCGAUGGCAAGGGUGAAGAUUAUCUCACCGGCGAUACCGAAAGAUUCCGUCCGAAAAUCUCUUUCUCCACCUGUGGUCCCCCAAAUCCGUCAAAGUCCCGAACAACUAUUCGCCGCGUUGACACCAAAACGGAGACCGUCGUUCGAAGUGACAGAGCAAGUAGUGAAACGGAGAAAAGAGGAUUCAGAAGAGAUUCAGAAUUCAGCAGAAGACGUCGUGACGACAGAAUCUGGAAGAAUCUCUCCAGGGGAAUCUCUUGAGAUUCAGAAUCCAGCAGAAGACGUGACGGAUUCUGAAUCCGACGUGUCGAACAUUUUCGAUACGAUGUCUCCCGUCAAGUUACCGCCUGAAGAAUCACCUCCGCAAACUACAAACUACAAAUUCUCACUGGAUUUUAUAACGGGAUUCGAGGCGCAAUUCUCGCGAUUCGAGGAUACUCAGCCUCCAGAAGACGUUCCCAGCUAUCGUCUGGAGACUUCUGAAUCCUCAGAAUCUUCUCAAUUAAUCAAUGAUUUGGAGGAACCGAUGAGCAUUUUCGAGGAGGAAUCCGAGGAGAAAAAAGUGAUUUUCGAGGAGAAAACUGUGAAAAAAUCGAUACGAUUCGUGGAGCCAUCGUCGGCGUGGAGAAAAGAGAAUUUAAUUGAGGAGAGCUGUGGAGCGCACUUACAGACUACAAGUGUAAUCAGGGAAUAUGCGAUUGAGACGUGUGGAAUGACGAUGGCCGAAUCCAGCGAUCUACCGGCACCUGACGAGGAGACACAGAAAUACCUCGCCGCCGAGUCGUGUGCUCUUCUGGCGAAUACUCCAUUAACGGAUAGUCAAGACGACGAAAUUUACGAGAGGGAUGAGCUAUUCGGGCUAUCAGCACGCUUCGCCUCAUUAAUGUCGUCGAAAACGAGUGAGCGGCGACUUCUGAUGAGUGACGUCGUGUUUGGCACGGUGCCAAAAGAGAAAUUACGAAAGUUGGAUGUUUCUAGUCACAAGAGGUAG